AUGGGUAUCACUGCCGGACCACUGAUCGUGAUGAGCAUGGACGAAUUCGGCUUCCUCUCGGAAGCAGGCCAUUCGUCAGUACAACCCUCGUACGCGAGCGGCUCGCGCGGCGCCCCACCGCUGCCCCCAACCUCAAGCCAGCGCAGCUACAACUACGCACAGCAAGAUCCAUGGCGGCCUGAAAACCAGUCGCAGCCGUACGAUUGCGACCCGCGCGCGCGUCACCUGUCGAUCCAGGCGCGACCCGUCCACGCCGCGAACCCGGCUCCUGGCAGCUCGCUCGGGAGUGAGGUGGCAGAGGAACCGGCGGUGCGAGCCAAGCGUGGAUCGAACCUGGCGUGUCUCAAGUGCCGUGCGAUCAAGGUCAAGUGCUGGAAGAGCAACCCAAAUGACCCGCGGUGCGCGCGGUGCAACCGGCUCGACCUCUUCUGCGAGUUUCGCGAACAUCACCGCGGCAAGAAGCUCGAGAAGGUGAUUGCAGACGAGAGCCGCAAUGUGGUGCUCUCGCCCGACUUGCUGCGGCGAUCAUGCGAGUACGUGCUCGCUUGCAGCAGCUACCCACUCAACCUUUCCCUUGCAAGCAUCGGAAACCCGCAGGGCGGUGCGCACAUGGCAGCAUUCCAGCAUUACCGCGGCGAGGGGUCGAUACAAGACUCGCUUUCGUCGAGGGCGAUAGGCAUGGGAGCCGGAGAUGUCUACGACGACGUGGUGCGCACGGGUGCGUGCAGCUGGACGGAUGCAUGCUAUGUCUUCAGUCUGUUCGUCACGCAGCUGAACCCGGUGGCAGCGCUGCUCGAGCCAAGCGUGCACACGGUGCAGUUCAUGCGCGAGCAGUCGCCGAUCUUGUUCUCAACGAUCCUCGGCAUCGCCAGUCGAUUCUUUCGCCCCGACCUAUCAGCCGCCUGUGAAGCUGCAGCAGCGGGCGUUCUCAAGUGUGCAGCGGCCCGCAAGAUCUGCAGCGUGGACCACAUGCAGGCGCUGGUCGUCUGUCUGAUCUGGGCAGCGCCGGGCGACACGACGAGGGACGAGAUGCUGGCCUCGGCGUUGGCGCAGGCGUACGAGCUUGGGUUGCCGUUGUGCUUCGAUGCAGGCGUACCCGUGGGCGCGACGACCAAGCAGUACACGCCUCCCAUGGCACCGCACAUGCACGCGGGCUACCAAGCCACGGUGCUGCGCAUGCAGCAGCGCACCUGGAUGCAGCUGUGCCUGCUCGAGCUCAGCCAGCAGAGCGAUGCACAUGGCUCGUGGGCCAAGCGUCCGGAGCGCAUCGCGCAUGCCGACUUUCCGCGUGUGCGCGCCUGGUAUGCUCAGCACCAUGCCACGCUGGGGGCGUACGAAACGCGCCUGGCGUAUCUGCUCGACUUUGCGCUCGUCCAGCGCGAGUCCAACCGCCUCGCAAUGCAUCCUGGUGCACUGCAGGGAUACGCUCCGGACGGCAGCCUCUCUCAGAACGCCAAUCAGCUCAUGGCCGACGAGCGUGAGUGUCUCACGGCAUGGUUCACCACCUAUGGCGAUGAGCACGUGCCGCGCUAUGGGCUCGACCGCUUCGGCCAGGCAGAGGCGAGCUUUGUUGUGCUGUACUAUCGCUUUUCCAGGGCGGUGCAGCUGCAUGCUUUGACGGGAGAUGCAAGCUGGUACGCCGCAGCUACCGAGCUGGCGUACAAGACGCUCGAGACGUUCUGCAGCAAGAUCCUGGAGCAAGAGGGCGGAUCGAUGCUGAGGCUGGGUGCGCAGUCGAUGGGUGCAGCGUGUCUGGCUGCAGCACGAUGGCUUCUGGGCGGUGCGGGGCAUGUGCAGGAGCGCGAACGCGCACGCGAGCGCAUCAGCGAGGCGAUCCGGCUGCUACGCCAGCCGCAGUUCUACCCGGACGGCAACCGUGUGGUGGUGGCCAACGAGCUGACGGGCCAGCUGGAUCAGGCGCUGCGCUCGGUGUUGGGAGAUGCGGGCAUGGUGGUGGAUGCCGGGUGGAGUGGAACGAGCCCCAAACGCAGCCGUGCACAGGGUCGGGCGGAGCAGCUGUACGAUUCGGGCAGGGGCGUUUUGGAGCGCCGCUCGCGCAAGCAGGCGCGGCGUGGAUCCAACGGCUCGCUCGCACGCAUCGAGCUGGGAGGCUUUGGUGGAGGAGCAACGGGAUCGGAACCGACAGGCUCUGACAGGGGCGGAAGCGAGUGGUCGGACGAUGCAGCCGGUCGCAGUGUGGACGCAGGGAUGAACGAGGUGUACUGGCCGCCGGCGCUGCUUGGCACGUCCGGGGGCGACGCAGGCGCCUGGACUCCGCGCUCCGAGGGCGCGCUGUCAAGUAUGGCGAUGGCAUCGUCGAUCUCUCCGCCGACUUCGGCAUCGUCGGCUGUAUUCUCUGUGCAAGCGCCUUCUGUACCAGACCCUCUGGACCUCGGUCUGGGUGCGGGUGUCGCCGGCUGGACUUACGGCUAUGCGGACCCGACGGCUUCGUCCAGCACGACGAUGGGCGCUCCGGCCACCCCUUACGAUGCCUCGCGCAUGUUUGACCGUCAACCUCAGCCGAACGAGAUGCUCUCGGCGCCCAACGGCGGACCGAACCUGCACGGCAUGUUCGCAGGCGAGACCGGCGAGCCGAGCGGGACGCCUCAAGCGCCCACGCUGCACCGGAACGAUACGGCGACACCGCAUUCGUACGGCGCGCCCGCUGCACAGACGGACGCCCAGCUAGCCGCGGCCGCCAGCGCGCUCGACGCUUCGCUCACCGUGGGGCUGUCGGCGAGCUACAACGCGAGCCACCAGGGCCUCUUUGAUGGUGCCGCGCACGGCCGUCAGCAGCAGCAGCGCCACUAG